AUGGAAAAACAUACACUUCCUCGGAACGACGGCCUCUCCUGUUCUUCUUUCCACGAACUAGACCCUCUGGCUCCAGAUGACCUGCCUGAAACUCUCGGCAAGGAUCUCUCAUUCCUCCUUCGCCAUAAUAUAUUUCAUCCUCUUUCACAUGUUGAUAUACCUCCACCGCUCCGCUCCGAGUUCCUUGUUCUAAACCCUGGCGAACCACUCUCAUCCUCCCUCGGUCUCCUGGAGAAGCUACUCUCCGAAGGUCGUUUUCUCGUCGCCGCACAGUUCGCCAGCUCUAUCCUGACGUCCUCCUUGAUCUCGCCUACGGAUAUCAGAUUGAUAUUCUCCUUGUUUUACACGCGCCUAGCUUGCCUGGAGUUAUGUGGGAACACAGUGCUGGCAGCCCAGGAGUCCAAGGCUCUGGAGGAUCUCAAUUCCACAUUCUACUACAUUGACUCCAGUUUCGACGACUCCGAGGUUGGUAAACAGCAUGAAAAGCCUUAUCCGCACCUUCCUCGCCACAUUGUGCCAUGGCCACUUCGAAUAUUGGCGGUGCGACUUCAGAGCAUUGGAUUCGGGGACUCCCGUAGGAGUAUUGGCGGCUUGUAUGAGAUUGGCCUGGAAGCACGAAGGGAAAUCAUGAAGAAAGAAAGCAGUGAGGCUGAACGAAAGAUUUGGAGAGAGAGACUGGCAGAUCUUGGGAUCCGAAGCGUCAAUGCACUGGUAGAAAUGGGCGACCUAGAUGCGGCGAAACGAUCACUCGAGGCUCUCCAGGCCUCAAAUGAGGAUACAGAGGCUAUGAAGCUAAGAAAGGCACUUCUGUUCUUGCGAAUAGGUGACCUUGAUGCCGCGGAACGAGCUUUUGGUGAUUCCCGCGAGUCGAAGGAGGCGGCUCUCUUGAAGCCGCUUCUGAGCAUGUCAGAAGGUCGCUAUCAAGACGCAGUAACUGAGUGGCGAGCUCUUUACGAGGACACACAAAGGUCAGAUAAUGCUCUCGUCGGGCAAAAUUUGGCCGUGUGUCUUCUAUAUUCUGGAAGACUGGACGAGGCCCGCCAGCUCCUAGAGGCCCAGGUCUCCGCCAGCCAGUCCUUUGGCAGCCUUAUUUUCAACCUUUCAACGGUCUAUGAGCUCUGUUCAGAUAGUGCUGGGAAACUGAAGGGGCAACUGGCUGCUACCAUCGCAGAGCAACCAGUAUCUGGCCAGACCAAUUUAGACCGGCCCAAUACUGACUUUAAGCUAUGA